GCUGAAUCUAAAACCUGAGCUACCGAAUUGAUUUUUCCCUAAAAAUUCAAAUUAUGUAAAUGAUUUUUCGUCAAUUGUGUACAUUAGCAUUAUUGUACAGUCAGCAUUUGGAACUUGUUUUGUUUGCCAUAAAAAGCAAAAGGUGGUUCAGAAAUUAGAAGAAGACUUUUCUGCACAACGCAGAAGAUCUGUGAUGCAUAGAUCAGUAAAGCGAGAUAAGAUAGGUGGGUUGAACAGCAGUGUAUCUUCAGGUUGGAAGAUGAACAAGACAAGUGAGGAUCUUACAAACAAGAGAAGUAUUUACAAGCCAGUGCAGCUGAAGCGAGCUCAUGAAGAUGAUGAUGAGAGUUCUAUGGGUGAAGAAGAUGAUAACAAGAGUAUUGCUCAAAGGAUCAGAUCUAAGAAGAAGUAUAGUAGUAAGGUAGAGAAUAAUGUAGGAGAUGCUUCUGAAACACUUGGAAAAAGGACUAGAAGAUAUAUGACGGUGGAUAGCGAUGACGAUUCAGAGCCUUGUCAAAAGCUUGCUUCGAUAAAAAUAGAGCAAAGGAGUGAAGUGGAUGAAGAAACUGUAAGCAAAGCACAGAAGACAAGGGAGAUUUUUAAUGAUUUUGAGGUUGACGUGAUUGGAAAUUCUAUAGGGAAGAAGAAACGUAACGGACAAUGCAAUGGGACCAAGAAAGCAGAGUGUUUGCUCCAUGAAGAUGGCGAAAAGCAGAAAUACAAUGAGAAGUUGUGUAGUGAAGUUAAAAAGCAAGAAGAAAUUGAUGAAAGACUGAAAGAGAGAAAGCUUGCAAUAAAGGAGAUGGAACUGAAGCUUGAGGCACGUAUUAUUGAGAUGGAGAAGACUUUGGCCAUGAUUAGAAUGUGGAAAAUCAAAGGAAACCAGAUUAAAAGUGGAGUUUCUGCUUAGGAUCUCAUGGAAAUAAAACAACAGUGUCACA